AUGGCUGACCUCUCUCUUGGUCCGCUGAGGAUUGCGAAUCCAGAUGAUGCCUCUCCUGAUACCCCAUUACGAGCCCAGCCUUCGUCCGCAUCCUUUCCACGGAUAUCACCAUUAGUCGACGCCGAUGGAAGGACAGAUUAUGUCUCAACUGCAACUCCGCAAACCGAUGGUUCUGUAUCCCCAAUUGAUCCCACCCCAGAAGACAUUCCACCACCCGCGGUAGCAUCGUCGGCCCCUUCCUCUCAACCACCUCCAAUGUUUACCCAGAACAGUCGCCCAGCGGAUCGACCCCCACAACGACAGAAUAUCCCGUAUACCUAUCAAGACCAACAACAAGCUCAAUUCCCUCAAUACCCGACGAUGAUGCCGCAAAAUCUACAUGAUCCUCGAUCGAAUGCCUCCCGACCUGGUUCUGCCUACUAUACUCAGAUGCCGGUCAACGGUGCCGCCAGUAAUGGAGUUUCUCGACAAGGCUCUUACAGAGUGCCGAGGGAUGGGUCUGGUUUGUCAGGGUUCCCCCAGCGGACAUCAUCGAAACGAUCGGGUAUGGGAGAUGUGGCAGGAGUGCCUUCAAGAGAUGAUGCUCAUACCGAACGAGCGUAUGGACAAGGACCGUAUACUUCGGGCAAUGGUCCCCUACCGCCUCGCCGAACCUCUCGCGGUGUGGCCUCGAAUCGAAUGGGAAGCGCACCGACUGGCAACACGCCACUCUCCACGACUCCGAAAUCAAUCCAGACGCCUCUCUCGAGUUCGCCAUACAACAUCGAAGACCGUCCGCUGGCCAGUGCCGACGAUUGGGAAGAACGUGGCGCAGCCGUUGGGGUGAAACGUGAAUUCGAUGCAGAGGGACGACCGGUUUUAAAAGCUGUCAAAAAAGGCGUAAAGGACUUCAAUUUCGGACAGACACUCGGUGAAGGCUCUUACAGUACUGUGCUCGCGGCACAGGAUCGACAGAGCGGGAAAGAUUACGCCAUCAAGGUCUUAGACAAGAGACAUAUCAUCAAAGAGAAGAAGGUCAAAUAUGUCAACAUCGAGAAAGACACUCUCAAUCGCCUGACAGACCACCCGGGUGUGGUGAGACUCUACUACACUUUCCAGGACGAGAGAUCACUGUAUUUCGUUCUUGAUUUGUGCCCUGGUGGUGAGUUGCUGGGCGUUCUCAAACGUAUGUCGACAUUUGAUGAAGAAUGCACUCGAUUUUAUGGUGCACAGAUACUAGAUACGAUCGAGUAUAUGCACAGCCGGGGCGUCAUACACAGGGACUUGAAGCCGGAAAAUCUCUUGCUUGAUGAGAAUAGACAUAUCAAGGUGACCGAUUUUGGGACGGCGAAACUUCUCCCCGAGAAAAAAGAUGCUACUGGAAGGGUCGAGUUUGAACCCGAUUCGACCUCGACCGGGAACCGGGCCAAUUCGUUUGUUGGCACGGCGGAAUAUGUGAGCCCGGAAUUGCUGACCGACAAGAAUGCGUGCAAGGCCAGUGAUCUGUGGGCAUUUGGUUGCAUCAUCUACCAGCUCUUAGCAGGCAGGCCACCGUUCAAGGCCGUCAACGACUAUCAUACUUUCCAGAAGAUCGUGAACCUGGACUACGAAUUUCCCCGAGGAUUUCCGGAAGUGGCCCGAGAUCUCGUCGAGCGUUUACUCGUCCUGGACCCUCAAAGGCGAUUGUCGAUCGAGCAUGCCAAAAAUCACCAAUUUUUCGCCGGAAUUCAAUGGGGUCGAGGUCUGUGGCAGCAAAAGGCACCACGAUUAAAGGCAUACGUCUCUCCACCGGCGCCCCCCAUUAAGCUCAAUGACGGCAGUGCGCCGGACAGCUUUCCUCCCGACAUCGCUCCGGGCCAUAGCACUCAUUCAACCAUGCUCCCGCCAAACAACCAAAAGCUCCAGCCGAGAGUAAUCACUGAAUUGCCUCCUCCGAGUCAACUCGAUAUUGAAUGGUCUCCCGUUCUCACGAGGAAUAAUGAGAGAAUCCUCAAAUUGGGUAAUUUGUUGGUGGUGUCUUCACCCAACACUCACAGUCCACAUGGGAGCGAAACUGGUGGCAAGUUGUCGAGAUUUUUUGGAGGAACGAACACAAAGAAGCGUCAGAGGCUUGUCAUGGUCACAUCGAGUGCUCGGAUUAUCAUUGCCGCCGCCGGCGGUGAAGAGAAGAAGUCGAAAUCAGAAAUCUCCCUUCUGUCGCCAGGAACCGAGUUUUCCAGUGCAACUGAUUCCAAAGGGGUGACUCAGUGGAUCGUCCAUACACGCGAGAGACAUUACGUUUUUGAGGAUCAGAAGCCUCCCUCCAAUGAACCAAUGGCCACGGCGGUAUCCGCCCAAGAGUGGCUCGAUGCACUGGUUCGUGCUCGCGAUAUUGCAACGCAAAACUCGAACAACAAUUAUUCGACCGACGACUCUCUGAAUUUGUCGUCUUCGGCUUUAUCUAGUCACGCGAGUACCAUUGAUCAACCGACCGACCUCCAACCCCAGCCUGCUAAUCAUAGCCAUGUCGGGCGAGGGAUUCUGCACAAGCAACAUUCUGGAGGGGAUGCAGAGUCGCUCAAAGGAAGAAAGCGCUUUAGCAAGCGACAAUCGAAGAGCGGCUUGACUGCAGUUUUCUAA